AUGUUGGCGGGAACUGGAACACGCCGAUCCAACAGAGGAGGACCCUCAGAGGAGGACCCUCAGAGGAGGACCAUCAGAGGAGGACCAUCAGAGGACCCUCAGAGGAGGCCCAUCAGAGGAGGACCCUCAGAGGAGGCCCCUCAGAGGAGGCCCCUCAGAGGAGGACCAUCAGAGGAGGCCCCUCAGAGGAGGCCCAUCAGAGGAGGCCCAUCAGAGGAGGCCCAUCAGAGGAGGCCCAUCAGAGGAGGACCCUCAGAGGAGGCCCCUCAGAGGAGGCCCCUCAGAGGAGGACCCUCAGAGGAGGACCCUCAGAGGAGGACCAUCAGAGGAGGACCAUCAGAGGAGGACCAUCAGAGGAGGCCCAUCAGAGGAGGACCAUCAGAGGAGGACCCUCAGAGGAGGACCCUCAGAGGAGGACCAUCAGAGGAGGACCAUCAGAGGACCCUCAGAGGAGGCCCCUCAGAGGAGGACCAUCAGAGGAGGCCCAUCAGAGGAGGCCCAUCAGAGGAGGCCCAUCAGAGGAGGACCAUCAGAGGAGGACCAUCAGAGGAGGACCAUCAGAGGAGGACCAUCAGAGGAGGCCCCUCAGAGGAGGACCAUCAGAGGAGGACCCUCAGAGGAGGACCAUCAGAGGAGGACCCUCAGAGGAGGCCCAUCAGAGGAGGACCCUCAGAGGAGGACCAUCAGAGGAGGACCAUCAGAGGAGGACCAUCAGAGGAGGACCCUCAGAGGAGGACCAUCCUUCUCAGACAGAUUGAGGAUGCAUCCCAACAGGCCCUGACCUCUGUGGAGCAGGACAGAUUGAGGAUGCAUCCCAACAGGCCUCUGACCUCUGUGGAGCAGGACAGAUUGAGGAUGCAUCCCAACAGGCCUCUGACCUCUCUGUGGAGCAGGACAGAUUGA